CUUCUUGAAUUAUUCUUAAAAACUGCAAUUGUGCGGGAAUUUUUCUUAUUUUUCUCUGACCAAGAACUUGAAGAAGUAGACAGGUUGACCUCUGUUAUAUAAAAAAAUGUCUAUCCUCGGUGAGCAUCCACAGAAAAUUACAGAGAAAAGUUUGAAUUACCUGUUAAGCCUUACACGACUGGACAUAGAAGGUUCGUCGAUGACCAGACUAGCAGCAUUAUCAGUCAUUCAACAGUUAAUGACAGUAGAUCCUACUGGUGAUGUGAGAAUUCUUUUUUUAAGCAAUGGGAUUUUAGAACAUAUUUUAAUGGAAUUUGAUUUUGGUUUUGAAUCUGAAGAGAAUUCCAUUUUUCUUGAAGUUUCGUUAAAUAUUUUAUGGAAUUUAUCAAAACUUGCUGUCUGUCCACUACAGCCCCUGAUUACUGAGGUGGUCAUUCGUAGACUUGUUUUACUCUUUGAUUCAACAUCUUCAUUUUACUCAUUCUCAUCACAGUUUACGUCAACAGUGAAAAGCCUUUGUGAAAAUAAACAUUUAGUGGGACAUGUUUCACCAUGUACGUUAUCAGUUAAAGUGAAGGAAGAUAUUGCAAAGGCUACAAAUGGUAUGCUCAGUACUGUUAGUAACUUUCCAACUGAGGUUCAUGUCUGUUCUUUGUAUGACACAAAUAAUCCUGACAAUGAAAUUAAUACAACAGCACAUCUUGUUUCAAACAAAUUAGCAUGGCCAUUAAAUACAAAAAGUAAACCUAAUCAACAGAGAGAAGAUGAAUCUGAGGAUGCUUGGAAGGAUGUUUUAGUGACAGAAGUUAUAAGUGGGCCAUAUUUUUGGGCUCAUAUUGGAAUUGAAACAAUUGAAAACGUGAGGAAAAUUCAAAAUCUAUUGCUUCUGGAAUAUUCUUCAGGCAGACUCCAUCGAGUGUCUUGUGUGAAAGGUGACUUGAUAGUUGUUGCAAAGGAAACAGAUGGUGAAGUAUGCCUUUUCAGGGCCGAGGUGUUGUCAAGAAAGCCACAGGAAAUAAGGGCAUGGGCUCUGGACUAUGGAUUUGUUUUUGAUAUAGCAGCAGACAAUGUGUAUGGUACACCUAACGAUUUAAAUAUGCCUCCACAGAUAAAGCUUUGUUCAAUUCAAGGUGUACAGGCACAGCCUAGGGACUCAUUGAUGGUAAAGUUGUCAGGAGCCAUUUUAUGUAAUCUGACACAGAAAAGCAUACCAGCAGGUGAUAUUAUAUUGAAACUCGAUGGUUUUGAGACAUUACAGAAGUUUAUAGAAAUAAGCCCAGAUCAGGACACCAAUAAAGAGGUUCUCAAAUUGAUCACAAAUUUGUCAUUUGGUGAAAGGAAGAGGAAGAAAUGGCUAGAUACUGAUAUAAUUCCAGUUUUACUUGGAAAGACAAUGGACCAAACCAAUAAGCUGACAUUGCAGAAUAUUUUAUACUGUCUCACUAACUUGAUCGUCCGAUGUAAUGAAGCAAGAGCCAGGUUUUAUCACAGCCAAGGUAUAGAUACUAUUUUAACAGUCAUCAUUACUUCUCAAGGAAAUUCCUCUGUACCUCGAGCUGCCAUACAUCUUCUUAAAGCUUUUGUCCAAAGAUUAAAUCAAGCAUCAACAGAAUAUUUACCAACCAACUUGUCACUUCGAACAGCAAAAAAUUCAAACCAUAAAUCAGAGAUCGACAAACUAAUUCAAGAAAUGUCUGAUGUAAGAUUGAAGAGAGGAGAAAUACAAUAUACCAUUCCAGAAGACAGACUUAGUCAUAAUUUUUCACAAGAUGAUCAGGAGGAAAUGCGAUCUAAAUCAGCUGAUAUUGGACAGCACCCUCCAACUAAACAGCAGUUUCUUGAUAUGAUAGAAGGUAGACAAAAUUCAGAUUUAGAUCCUGUACCAAUCAAUGCUUGUGCAAAGAGCUUUGACAACAAGAAAUAUUUUAUAAAAGACCAAACAGUUGACAUCCAGACAGAUUCACUGCACGAGUUGAGACCAAAUAAGACUUUGUCUACUGUAUCUGCCUCAUUAAUAGCCACUCAUGUCUGUGGAAUGCUUAACAAUCGCAAAGGUGGUGAGAUUAUUUUUGGAUUAUCCACAAUAUCAAAGGCAGAAGGAUUAAAGGCAUCUAGGGAUGAUCGAGAUGAGUUUAGACUUGGUGUAGAUAGAAUGAUGACUAAUAAAUUAUCUCCCCCUGCCCUGCAUUAUUUGUUUGACAUGGAGUACCAUCAGGUUGUAAAAGAGAAGGAAGAUACAGGACAAUUAAUACCAAUACAAGAUUUGUACAUUAUUGUAAUCAGGAUAAAGCCAUCAAAAGGUAUUUUAUAUACAAUGAGGAAAGACGAUAAUAGUUAUAUCAGAUUUGGUUCUACUACCUCGCCAUUAUCUAUUCAGGAUUUAAGAAAUUUGGUAAUAUUAGAAGAAGAGGACAGAUACAGAUUACAGAUCAUAGAGCUACGACAUAAAUUGCAAGAACAUUCCCUAUAGCUGUAUUUCAGAGCUCAGUUUCAAUGACAGUGAUACCACUGAUCUGGAUUCUUGUGAACUAAAAUAACUACAUGUACAUGUAGUACAUUGAUAGGACUUCGUUAUAUUGUUGUUUGAUUGUCCCCCAUGACAAGCUAUAAAUGUAUAACUCCUUCCUUUUUCUGAAAUAAAUUUUAAAAGGGUUUUAACGUAGGGGGUCUCAAAUGGAUGCAGAAAUGUUAAAUUUUUUUUUUCAGCCGAUUUAUGGCAUGAAUGUCUCACAGAUAGAUAAGAUUUUAAAGUAUAUGGAACCCUUUAAAAUUUAAAGAAAAAGUGUUUAUUGACCUUGGACAGAUAAAGUAUGUGGGACAUUGGAACAAUUAUAAAGUUUUUUUGUGACUAUGGUUCCAAAAGGUUUUUUUUUCAGUAUUUAUAGGACCUUCAAAUUAUUUUGCUCUGUUUGAAAUUGGACAUAAACAUCAGUCAGUUGUGUGCAUAUCUAUUGAUGCCAGGGAUGUGAUAUAUCCUUUGAGACUUGACUGUUCACUUACAGUGCUUAUCCUAAAGUCUUUGCCCUUUCACAAUACCAAUUGCUAAAAUGUUUUACCAAAAUUGCAGUUUGAAUUCCUGUCUACUAUCUGAUCAACUGGUAAAACAGUUUAGCUCAUAGCUAGUGAAAAGUUGUAAGUAUGAAGUGCAGUUUAAUAAAAAACUAUACUUACAAUCCUGAAGAAUUAUAUCGUAAAUUGCAUUGCAUUUGCUCUCAAAUCUUCAUUUCUCUAAGAUAUUAAUAAAAAAAUUUACAGAACAAAAAAAAGUAUUUAUUUAAUUAUUGCCCUUGGACAUUGGAACUCUGUUCUUUUAUUGGUUCUGAAAUAGUCAAAUACUUGGGUACGGGAGGCAACUCUUGAUAUUCAUCUCAUUAUAGAUGUACGAAAACAUUGAUUUUAAAGAAUAUAACUGACUCGCGGGAACGAAAAAAAGGAAAAAUUUAAGAAAAUUCCCAUGUUUUCACAAUAUUUUCCUGAACCAUUUAAGCUAUGUUUGAGCAUGUUACUGUGUGUGUAAUAAAAAUUGGGAAUUUUUUGUUAUUACCUACAAAUUAGUCAACAUUGUCAAAUUGUCAACAAACCCCUUAUAGGAGUUAUUUCCACUGAAUGAUAAUUAUGUCAAAAAACUAUUAUUGAUAGAGAGAAACUUUAAAGGGCAAAAUAAGAACUACAUUUAAGUCAAAAUGGCCAAAUUGUCAGAUUCAUUAAAACAUUAAUUGCACAAUAUGCCAAUUAUCUCGAAAUUAUAUAUGAUUCAUAGUGUUUCGUAAAUUAUACCAUAGUUUUUGUUGAAACCCCCUGUCCAUAACCUCACAAGACUAAAAUUUUUCAGAAUAAUAUAUUAUUAUUACCUUUAACACAUUUUAUAUUACAUGUAUUAUUUGGCCUAAAGUAUAUUUUUUCUCCAAUUAAUAUAUAUAUAUUUAUUUUUAUCUAUUUUUGAUUCAGCCAUGCUGGAUCUAUGUGAUCACUCCGGAUUUGGAGAUGGUGCAGAAUUCUUAGAUGAAGAAAUAUCAUGAAACUAAUAAUGUGUUUUUAUGCUUGAAGAAACUUUAUACACCAUUUUGAUUAUUUAUUGCCAACUUUUGACAUGUUAUUUGCCCUUAAAUUAAAAAAAAGAUUGGACUCAACCGAAAGGAUUCACACAGGCGUUGGUUCACCAGACGUAGUUUAAGAAAAGAUUGGUCGAACAGCUACUUUAUUUUAGAUAUAUACUUGCAUAUAGUCCCUUUGAAAAUCAAUAUUUAUGAUAAAUUACUGUUGAUUAAUUAAUGUGAAAAAGUAAUAUGUAUAAUUUAAGCAGUUGAUGAGAAUUAUGAAAGUAUUUUAUCAGUAUCUUAUGCUUGUGUAAGUAAUUGAAUAAAAUUUGAUACAAGAAAUGUAUAGAUAUCCAAGUUGAUUUCCACACUUUUUUGAAAUGCUCUUAUUCCAAUUCUUUUCUUAGGCAAUUAAGACUACUGAAAAAUAUAGUAUGAUAAACUGUCGCUAUUUACAAAUAAUUUCCCUCCAAGGUGGGAGUUUAUAUUGGAACCACCAACACUUUAAUGUCCAUCUUAAUUGACCACAUUUAAUAUCUCAUGUAUUACAUAAUUGAAUACACAAUAAUAUUGACCUCAAAAGUAGACCUAUAAUCACUUGAUUUACACUACAUAAAACUAUUCUGUAAAUUAUUUCUCGAUGAUGAAUAAUUAAGGAUAAAAAAGAUGCAUGUUUUUGCAAAGAAAAAAACCCAAAAAACCAAAUAUGUAUGAAAAAAUGAAAGCAGGGUCUAUUUUACUUGUAAAAUCAGUGUUAUAAUCAUCUGAUAUUAGUCAAUAAUUUAUGUGAUUUAUAUUUAAAAUUAUCAUUAAUUAGCUUGAAACAAUAAACAAAAUUGCAUAACUCUAACCUGGGGAUUUUCUGCAAUCUAAUUUAUUUGUUUAUUACCCAUUAUAAUAUUGCUAUUCAACAGUGUAAGGAAUUGUACAUGUAUAUUUGAAUACAGGAAAUUAUUUUAUUUCUAUGAAGAAGGAACACCAAUUUAAA